UAGAAAAGUGAAAAAGGAAAAGUUAGGGAUGGUGGGGGCAAGAAAGUGCUACUACUAAUUCAAAAGCCAUUUCUUGAGAGUUGAGAGAGAAAGAAACAAAGAAAGAGAGAGAGAGUGGGAACAUUCUGAAAUUGGUUGGCUUUUUGUGUUUGUGCAGCUCUGGUGGUGGCUGUCAUCAAAAGAUGAGGAACAGCUCAUCUUUCUCCACACUCAUCUCUCCCUAUUCCUUCACUUCUUCCUUCCUCUGAUAUAUCAACCUCUUGGUAUGCAUGAAUUCAAACAAAGGGACAAAGCUAUAACAUGGCUACUAGCGGUAGUAGAAGUAAAAAGUGAAUGUUGUUGUUGAGUACUACAAUGGAAUUUGGUUUCUGAAAUUUUGGUGAAGAGAAAGUGUGUUUUCUUGUGGUGUGUUGUGUCUAAAUCCAUUGUUGGAAACACCAACAACAAAAAAAUAAGAGAAAAGAAACAAGUACCUAGAUUCAAAACAUAAUUUUAAUACUUUGUGGGGCGGUGGUGUCAGAUUUAGCUAGUGGGGGUGUCUUUAACAAAGCUACUCUUUCUUUGAGAAAAUUAUUAUUUUUAUAUAUGAAUGUGUUGGAGGUAGUUUGUUUUGUUGGUAAUGUCUCCUAACAUGGUUUAGAUUAACUGGUUUCUUUGGUUUUUGUUACCAAUUUAGUAAGCAACAUGUUUUUUCUUUGAGUCUCUUUUCAUUCAAGUCACAGAAAGAAUAAUAAUAUUAAUAGUCAAUAUAUAGUUUAAAAAUUCAUCUAACUGGCCUUGGUUUUAGGGGAAGAUUCGGUCAUACAAGGAAAAAACUUGAUCCUUUUUUUUCUUCUAGCUUGGUUUUUACUCUUAACUAGUAAGUUUCUUGCAUUUCAUUGUUUGUUAUUCAAACUUGGUUAAGAGUUUGUGGAGUAGGUGAUUUGAGGUAUUUUUGGAGGUUAUUUUCUUUUUGGUCAAGAUGAAGUUUAUGAAACUUGGAUCUAAGCCUGAUUCUUUUCAAACUGAUGGAGAUAAUGUCAGGUAUGUGGCAACUGAGCUCGCAUCGGACAUAGUCGUUAAUGUUGGAGAUGUAAAAUUUUAUCUACAUAAGUUUCCACUUCUGUCCAAAAGUUUACGCUUGCAAAAGUUAGUUUCAAACCCAGACGAAGAGAACGAUGAAGUUCACAUCCAUGACAUUCCCGGAGGCCCUAUUGCUUUUGAAAUAUGUGCGAAAUUCUGUUAUGGUAUGGUAGUUACUCUAAAUGCGUACAACGUGGUUGCGGCUCGUUGUGCAGCGGAGUAUCUCGAGAUGUAUGAAACAGUUGAAAAGGGAAAUCUCAUCUACAAGAUUGAAGUCUUCCUCAAUUCCAGCAUUUUCAGGAGCUGGAAAGACUCGAUCAUUGUUCUACAAACAACCAAACCUCUUCUUCCGUGGUCAGAAGAACUUAAGAUCGUGAGCCAUUGUAUGGAGUCGAUAGCUACCAAGGCUUCGAUGGAUCCAUCCAAGGUGGAGUGGUCAUACACAUACAACAGGAAAAAGCUUCCGUCGGAAAACGGAAAUGAUUCGCACUGGAAUGGUGUGAGGAAGCAACUUAUGGUUCCGAAGGAUUGGUGGGUGGAAGAUCUUUGCGAGCUUCAACUCGAUCUCUAUAACCGAGUCAUGUCAACAAUAACGACUAACGGAAAUGUUUCCGGCGUAGUAGUAGGAGAAGCUCUUAGUGCUUAUGCCUCUAGAAGGUUGCCUGGCUUCACCAAGGGUGUUAUCCAGAAUGGUGAUAUCGCAAAGAAUAGAUUAGUGUUGGAGACUAUUGUCGGUCUAUUGCCGGAAGAUAUGGGAAGUGGCUCUUGCAGUUUCUCGCUCAAGUUAUUAAAAUUGGCUAUUCAAUUGGAAUGUGAAGUGUCGGUGAGAUCCGAACUGAUGAGGAGAACAGGGCAGCGGCUUGAGGAGGCUACGGUGGCCGAUCUUUUGAUUUCUUCAUCAACCGGGGAAACAACUUACGAUGUUGAAACUGUGCAGAAGCUAGUUGAGGUGUUUGUAGCACAUGAACAUCAAUCAUUAAUGGAAGAGGAAUUGCAGGAGAUCAAAAGUCCUAAGAUGGUCCUAAAUUCUUCUAGCAAGAUAAAGGUAGCAAAGCUGGUUGAUAGCUAUCUUGCCGAGAUUUCACGUGAUCCUAAUUUGCCUGUUUUAAAUUUCGUGGGUAUCGCGGAUCUGGUAUCAAGCUUCCCUAGACAGUCUCAUGAUGGCCUUUAUCGCGCCAUCGACAUGUAUUUAAAGGAACAUCCUGGAAUCAGCAAAAGUGAGAGGAAAAGAAUAUGUCGAUUGAUGGACUGCAAGAAGCUGUCUGCAGAAGCUUGCAUGCACGCGGUGCAGAAUGAGCGGCUUCCUCUACGUGUUGUCGUGCAGGUUCUCUUCUUUGAGCAGAUGAGAGCCUCAACAACAUCAUCAUCUGGAGGCACAAACACUCCCGAUCUUCCUGGAUCUAUCAGGGCCUUGCAUCCCGGCUGUUCUCACGGUAGCUCGAGGUCUACAACCACCAACACAGAAGAGGAGUGGGAUGCAGUGGCAACAGCAGAAGACAUAAAAGUUCUUAAAGGCGAACUCGCCGCACUAAAAUUAUCAGGCGGGAGUAGCCAGAGUAGUGACAGAAACAGCAACAACGCAGACAAAGUCGCUGCUAACAAAAUGAAAGGCUUCCUCAUGUCAAAGAAAAUAUUCUCCAAGCUUUGGUCGAACAAAGAAAAAAACGGAGAGAUUACUAGCUCUGAUACAUCCGAAAGCCCUGCUUCUACUGUUGUUGAGGAGACGAAGUCUACGCCGUCUAGAAGUAGAAGGCAUUCGGUAUCUUAAAAUAUUUUGUUUUGCAGAUUUCAAGCGCCGUUGCAUCGUGUUGUAUAAUCGUUGAUCACUUCGGUGGCAUUAGGAGAUAGAGCUUACUUGACAUCUUCUAGCUGAUACUGAAGGUUGUUUGUGGCUACUAUUAGAGAUGAGGUUAAUGAGGGACCCGGUUUUGUUUUACUGUAAUGGGAGAAGGAUUAUCAUUACCUAAUCAAGUGUUAUUAAGACAAUUUGUAAGCAUUUUUAAGAUAUAAGGUUAACUAACUAGAAUGAAAUGCUAAUGAGCUUAUAUAA